AUUUCCGAUAAGCUUUUACAUCCGGCCUUCCAAGGAGGAAAUUACACCAAACGAACGGAUCAGAGUUUUUUAGAAGUUGUUGUUUUAGUUCCGGAAAGAUGAAUUGCGGGGUUGAGGUGGCAGAUCAGCAGCAGAAAGUGAACAAAGGGAUAGCGGAGUUCUACGACGAGUCUUCCGGGACGUGGGAGGACCUAUGGGGAGACCAUAUCCACCACGGCUUCUACGACCCGCACCCGCACGCGUCCGACCACCGCGCCGCUCAGAUUCGUAUGAUCGAAGAGGUCCUCCGUUUCGCCUCCGUUUCCGAGGAUCCAGAGAAGAAACCAAAGAAGAUAGUAGAUGUUGGAUGUGGUAUUGAAGGCAGUUGUACUUACUUAGCCAGGAAAUAUUGUGCUAGGUGUGAGGGCAUCACUCUAAGCCCUAAGCAAGUAAAGAGGGCUCAAGCUCUGGCUGCUGCCCAGGGAUUGGGGGAAAAGGUUUGUUUUCAAGUUGCAGAUGCGCUGAAUCAGCCUUUUCCAGAUGGAGAAUUCGAUUUGGUGUGGUGCAUGGAGACCGCAGAACACAUUCCAGACAAGGCAAAGCUUGUUUCGGAGCUGGCACGAGUGGCAGCCCCAGGUGGCAGAAUCGUCAUAGUUACAUGGUGCCACAGGGAUACACAACACUCUAAUUUGCACCCACAAGAGAAACAGCUCUUAAACAAGAUACGCAAUGCUGUUUGUCUUUCACCAUGGUCUUCUGCUUCUCAUUAUGUAAACCUACUUCAAUCCAACUCUCUUCAGGACAUCAAGGUGGCGGAUUGGUCUGAAAACGCUGCCCCGUCCUGGCCAGCAUUAAGAAAAUCAGCAUUGUCAUGGAAAGGCAUUACAUCACUGCUAACAAGUGGAUGGAAAACAUUAAGUGGAACUCUGGCACUGCAGCGGAUGGUUAUUGAAGGAUACAAGAAAGGUGUGAUCAAAUAUGCCGUCAUUACCUGCCGGAAAUCUCAUCAACUUUAAUUUGAUGAGGCCACCCAUGAAAUUAAUUUGGGUUUAUAAUAAGGUUGUCCAUCAUUAAAUUAAAUAUAAUGUUGUCAACUUAAUUAGCUUUUAAGUUUUCUGCCGGGAUUAAUUAUUCCUUAUUCCUCAAAAGAUCUGAUCUACAGAUCAAUCCAUAAUCAUCCUCCUUCCCAAUCAUUAUACAAUGGAGGCGAACUAGGGUUCACACUGCACUAUGGACUCUGAUUCAUGUAUUUGUGUUUUUGUGUUAUGACUUUUUGUGUCUAUGCAUUAUGAAAUUCUGUAUCUUAUGAGUAUGAAUUAUGUACUUGGAACAAAUUAAUAAUUAUGUCUUAUGUUAUGAAUU